AUGCCAACCACAGAAAUUACAACAGCUCAGACUACAGGUACUUUAACUGACGCAUCUACGGUGGAAUCUACAGAAAUUACAACAGAUGAGGAGACAACUGAUUUUCCAACAGAGGCAACUACAAUACCAACCACAGAAAUAAGAACAGCUCAGACAACUGAUUUUCUUACAGUUCCAACUACAGUACCAAUCACAGAAACUGCUGUAGGAACUACGGACAUAACAACUACUGACACAACUGAGGCAACUACAGUAGAUUCUACGGAAACAACAACUACUGGGACAACUGAAGCAACUGAAAUAAAAACCACGGAAGUAACAACUGCUGGGACAACUGUGGAAACUGCAGAAGAGACUACAAAACUAACAACUGCUGCAACAACUAAGACAGCUACUGUAAGGACUACAGAAAUAACGACUGCUGUGAAAAUUGAAGCAACUGAAACAGAAACUGCAGAAAUAACAAAUGCAGUAGAAACCACAGAAAUGACAACUGCUGGGACAACAGAGGCAGCUGUUGAACAGACUACAGGAGAUACAACUGAGGCAGCUGCAGUAGAAACUACGGAAAUAACAACUGUUGGUACAACUAUUGCGAUUAUAGUAGAAACUACAAAAAUAACAACUGCUGGAACAACAGAGGCAACUGCUGUACAGCCUACAGAAAUAACAACUGCUGGGACCAGCGAGGCAGCUGCUGUAAGACUACAAAAUACAUCUGCUGGGACAACUGAGGGAGCCGCAAUAGAAACUACAGAAAUAACAACUCCUGGGAAAACUGAGGCAGCUGCUGUACAGACUACAGAAAUAACAACUGCUGGGACAACUGAGGCAACUGCUGUACAGACUACAGAAAUAACAUCUGCUGGCACAACUGAGGCAACUACUAUACCGACUACAAAAAUACCAACUGCUGGGACAACUGAGGGAGCCGCAAUAGAAACUACAGAAAUAACAACUGCUGGGACAACUGAGGAAGCUGUUGUACAGACUACAGAAAUAACAACUGCCCGGACAACUGAAGAAACUGCUGUAGAAACUACAGAAAUAACAUCUGCUGGCACAACUGAGGUAACUACCAUACCGACUACAAAAAUAACAACUGCUGGGACAACUGAGGGAGCCGCAAUAGAAACUACAGAUAUUGCAACUGCUGGGACCACCGAGGCAGCUGCUGUACAGACUACAGAAAUAACAUCUGCUGGGACAACCGAGGCAGCUGCUGUACAGACUACAGAAAUAACAUCAGCUGGGACAACUGAGGCAACUGCUGUACAGACUACAGAAAUAACAACUGCUGGGACCAGCGAGGCAGCUGCUGUACAGACUACAGAAAUAACAACUGCUGGGACCACCGAGGCAGCUGCUGUACAGACUACAGAAAUAACAUCUGCUGGGACCACCGAGGCAGCUGUUGUACAGACUACAGAAAUAACAACUGCUGGGACCACUGAGGCAGCUGCUGUAGAAACUACAGAAAUAACAUCUGCUGGGACAACUGAGGGAACUACUAUACCGACUACAAAAAUAACAACUGCUGGGACAACUGAGGGAGCCGCAAUAGAAACUACAGAAAUAACAACUGCUGGGACAACUGAGGCAGGUGCUGUACAGACUACAGAAGUAACAUCUGCAGGGACAAAUGAGUCAACUGUUGAACAGACUACAGAAAUAACAACUGCUGGGACAACUGAGGGAACCGCAAUAGAAACUACAGGAAUAACAACUGCUGGGACAACUGAGGCAGCUACUGUACAGACUACAGAAAUAACAACAGCUGGGACAACUGAGGCAACUGCAGUAGAAACUACAGAAAUAACAUCUGCUGAAAUAACAACUGCUGGCACAACUGAGGCAACUACUAUACCGACUACAGAAAUAACAACUGCUGGGACAACUGAGGGAGCCGCAAUAGAAACUACAGGAAUAACAACUGCUGGGACAACUGAGGCAACUGCUGUAAAGACUACAGAAAUUACAACUACUGGGACAACUGAGGGAACCGCAAUAGAAACUACAGAAAUAACAACUGCUGGGACAACUGAGGCAACUACUAUACCGACUACAAAAAUACCAACUGCUGAGACAACUGGUGGAGCCGCAAUAGAAACUACAAAAAUAACAACUGCUGGGACAACUGAGGCAGAUGCUGUACAGACUACAGAAGUAACAGAUGCAGGGACAACUGAGGCAACUGCAGUAGAAACUACAGAAAUAACAUCUGCUGACACUACUGAGGCAACUACUAUACCGACUACAAAAAUAACAACUGCUGGGACAACUGAGGGAGCCGCAAUAGAAACUACAGAUAUAACAACUGCUGGCACCACCGAGGUAGCUGCUGUACAGACUACAAGAAUAACAACUGCUGGGACAACCGAGGCAACUGCUGUACAGACUACAGAAAUAACAACUGCUGGGACAACUGAGGCAACUGCUGUACAGACUAUAGAAAUAACAACUGCUGGGACAACCGAGGCAGCUGCUGUACAGACUACAGAAAUAACAACUGCCGGGACAACUGACGCAACUGCUGUAGAAACUACAGAAAUAACAUCUGCUGGCACAACUGAGGCAACCACCAUACUGACUACAAAAAUAACAACUGCUGGGACAACUGAGGGAGCCGCAAUAGAAACUACAGAAAUAACAACUGGGACAACUGAGGCAGCUGCUGUACAGACUACAGAAAUAACAACUGCUGGGACCACCGAGGCAGCUGCCUUACAGACUACUGAAAUAACAACUGCUGGCACAACUGACGGAGCCGCAAUAGAAACUACCGGAAUAACAACUACUGAGACAACUCACGCAACUACUUAUACCGACUACAAAAAUACCAACUGCAACUACUAUACCGACUACAAAAAUACCAACUGCCGGGACAACUCAGGCAACUACUAUACCGACUACAAAAAUACAACUGCCGGGACAACUGAGGGAGCCGCAAUAGAAACUACAGGAAUAACAACUGCUGGGACAACUGAGGCAACUGCUGUACAGACUACAGAAAUAACAACUGCUGGGACCACCGAGGCAGCUGCUGUACAGACUACAGAAACAACAUCUGCUGGGACAACCGAGGCACCUGCUGUACUGACUACAGAAAUAACAACUGCUGGAACAACUGAGGGAGCCGCAAUAGAAACUACAGAAAUAACAACUGCCGGGACAACCGAGUCAACUGCUGUACAGACUACAAAAAUUACAACUGCCGGGACAACCGAGGCAGCUGCUAUAGAAACUACAGAAAUGUCAACUGCUAGGACAACUGAGUCACCUACAGCAGAAACCACAAAAAUAACAACUGUUGGGACAACUGAGGCAAAUGCCGUAGAAACUACAAUAAUUACAACUGCUAGGACAACUGAGGCAGCUACAGCAGUAACCACAAACAUAGACUCCUCUUCAACUGCGGCCACUACAGCUGCCACGAUUGAUGUAACAAGAGCUGAGACUUCAAUCACACCAACUUCAACAGAUUCAUCUACAGAUGUACUGGAUACAACAACUGGAAAAGCCACAAGUGUUGCAUCAAUUACACCACAAUUGAGAACUACAUCUUCUACAGCUGUUGAGUGUGGCUGUCCUCUACAGGCCUCACAUUCCAACCUAGUCCUGACAGGGACUACAACUGGCUCCACUGCCACCUACACAUGUAAGGAAGGAUUUGAGCUGACCAGCGGAGAUACAAGCCACACCUGUGGAAGUGAUGGACAAUGGGAAGGCACACUACCCAUCUGUGAAGCCACGACACCUUGUAUCCGCCUGUGUGGAUUCGGAGCCUGUUAUGUCGCUGCUGAUGGUGUGCAGAGGUGUGACUGUGACGCUGGCUACAACUUCUUCGGCAGAUCCCAGUUUUGCCUUGACAUCAAUGAGUGUUCAGUUGGGCUGGAUCAUUGCUUUGGACGAUCAGCUUGUGUGUCUGAAGCGACAUGCGUCAAUUUUCCCUAUGGGUCCUACACGUGUCGCUGUCGCCCAGGGUACACUGGGGAUGGGAGGACUUCAUGCAAAGAUAUUGAUGAGUGCCAGGAUAACCCAUGCUCUGAGAAUGCUGUCUGCACCAACACACCCGGCAGUUACACAUGCCGAUGUUUGGAUGGAUACAUAGGAUCUGGCAGAUCCUGCUUUGAUAUUGAUGAGUGCCAGAGUAACCCCUGCAUUAGAGGCCGGUGUGAAAAUGGGAUAAAUAGCUUUACCUGUUCUUGCGUUCCUGGAUUUUCUGGAGACAGGUGUCAGACAAACAUCAAUGAAUGCGAGAGUGAUCCCUGUCAGAACAAUGGAACAUGUGAGGAUGGGACCAACUCCUACAGGUGUCAGUGUGUGGAUGGAUGGGAGGGUGAUGCCUGUCAGGAGGACAUUGAUGAAUGCCUAACUGAUCCAUGUGACCAAAAUGCUGACUGUGAAAACAGCGAAGGAUCCUUCAGUUGUGCAUGUAGGGAAGGUUUUGAAGGAGAUGGAUUUGAAUGCACAGAUGUGGAUGAAUGUGACUCUGGUCCAUGCCAGAAUGAAGCGGAGUGUGUGGACAGAGUUAAUGGAUACACCUGUAUCUGCACCAGUGGAUGGCAGGGAGCAAACUGUGAGGAAGAUAUUAAUGAGUGUUCACAAGGAAAGUGCCACAUAAAUGCAGCCUGCACCAACUUGGAGGGCAGCUACACAUGUGUGUGCAAUGAAGGUUACUAUGACAACGGACUGACCCAAGAACAACUUGUCUGUAGAGAAACCAUCCUGUUCCCAUAUGGCCAAGCCCAAGGAGACUCAUCGCUGUCUUCUUCAGGACAGGAGAAAGAUGUUUCGUUACAGUCCCUCAUAGAAGUCAAUAUUGGCUUCCCCUUUGAUGGGCUAUUCUAUUACAGCCUUUAUAUCUCUGACAAUGGGUUGAUAGUGUUCCCACCAACGGCUCAGGCCCGUGCUAACAAGCCUGCGUACCCCAACCCGAGCAGCUUUAGUGCAGCCACCACCGUGCAGGCAGGUGCCCCUCCCGUGGUGGCAGCCUUCUGGGCUGAUGUGGACCUCACCAGUGUUGUUGGGCAAGUCUUCUAUCAUGUGUAUUCUGACAGUGCUGUUGGUGAGUCCAGGAGAAGAAGAAGUGUAGAUGAUGCCACCCGUGCUGUGUAUGACCUGGUCACACAGAGAGUGGACCAGUACUUCUCUCAAAACUUUACAGCCAGCUGGGUGCUGGUUGUGACAUGGGACAAAGUUCCUGCAGUGGAGGCCACGUAUACCAAGGAAAAUCCCAACACAUUUCAAACCAUCCUGGCCACAGAUGGAGAAGACUCCUUUGCUUUCUUCAUCUACAAGGAGGAUGAGAUGCUGUGGACCGGUGAAAGUCAGAGCGUUGUCCUGGGAUACAACAGUGCCAAUGGGAACAACUUUGAUAACAUCCAGCUAAACAACCCCUUCAGACCUGACCAAGUCAAUGGAAACACAGGUUUGAAGGGACGUUGGGCCUACCAACUGGCCAGCAAUGCAGUCAACAAUAAGAAGCUGUGCAGUGACUGGUACCAUUCAGAACCAGACCCAUCCCUGUGGAUUGUUGGGAAAGGGCAGUGCCCCUGUACACUGUUACAGGCCCUGAGGGACCUACGGUUCAUCCCUGUCAGCCUGGCACCCAUAGAAGUCUUCCUACUGCUUCUGCUAAAUCAAGACUUUGAUGUGUGCAUCAGCCCCCUGUUUGCCGGCCCCACUGGUUCUAGUGUGGACUGUUGUUACCGGUUCCUGGCCCUGAACACUGAGAUACCACAGGCUGGGAACCACUAUAGGUAUCAAAGGUCCUCCAAACUCUACCAGGAAAAUGAUGUGGAGCCAAAAGCAUGGUGCUGUGAUGAUGAUGAGGAAUUCUGCAGACUGUUCUACGAAAAGAGGCCUCCAAACAGCUGUGCUGCAUAUGUUCCUCCAAGGAUAGCAAUCCUGUUUGGGGAUCCUCACAUGAAGACAUUAGAUGGCAUGGACUACACUUUCAAUGGACUAGGAGAGUUCACCCUGGUGGAUGCAAGAACGAGAUACUUCCUACUGCAGGGUCGGACUGAGAAGGCCAAGGCCAUCGGCACACAGGGGGAUGCUGAGGCUACAGUCUUUACUGCGUUUGCAUCUAAACAGGAGGGCUCCUCUACUAUUGAAAUGGGAAUGACUGACGACAGAACAAACAUGACACUGAUGGUGGAUGGGCAGGAUGUCAACAUCACUACCUUGGUUCAGAGUGGUAGCCAAAGUUUCAGGAAUGUGACUGUUCAAAACAACUUCAACUCCAACAGUACGAGUGUGAUUGCUUCCUUCUCGUCAGGCAUAACUGUGACAGUCACACUGCAGAAGCUCAUGUUGAUUGUCCAGUUUGGAGCACCCGAUUCAUUCAAAAACACAACUCGAGGCCUUCUUGGUAUUUGGAAUGAUGACAUUAAGGAUGACUUCACCUAUCCCAACGGGACGGUACUGCAGGCCCCUGAUGGCAGGAACCUGACUGAGGAGGAAAUCUUCCCAUGGGGAUUGUCUUGGCAAAUCAGCACAGCCACCAGUCUAUUCACUUACAAGGAUGGGCAGAGCGCAGCAUCUUUUGCCAAACCUGACUUCAUUCCCAAAUUCUUGAGCCAACUUUUAAGUGCUGCUUCUGAUGAAGUUAGGGCAGCAGCCGAGUCUCUUUGUGGCACAAACAAAGAGUGCCUCUUUGACUUCCUCAGUACCAACGACACAGAAGUUGGUGAACAAACCAAAGCCAGCAUCGAGACAUUUGAUGCUGAUGCUGAGACACUUGCUAACUUCCCACCCAACAUCACUGUGAAUGCUACAGUCAAUGCAGUGGUAGGACAGGAGGUGGAACUGCAGGUUAUUGCUGUUGAUCCUGAGGACAACCCUGUCACCUUUUCUAUUGGAAACAGCUCUGCCAUUCCAGGGGCAACCAUCUCUUCUGAGGAUGGUGUGUUCAGCUGGACUCCCAACAGCACCCUGCCUGUGCAGCUAGAGAUUGUUGCCAAAGACAGCCUGGGGGCGUCGACCUCCUCCUACCCCAUGGUGAAACUGUGUGCCUGUCAGAACGGCGGAACCUGUAACUUCCUCACAGUUAACCUUGCUGGAGAGGUCACUCCUGUUGGGCAAUUUCAGGUUGUUUCCUGCCAGUGUCCAGAGGCAUACACAGGUGACUCCUGUGAGAGGGACAAGGAUGCCUGUGUAACAGAUCCAUGUUAUCCAGGUGUCCUGUGUACAGAUAACAUUGCGCCUGCAGCAGGCUUCACCUGUGGGCCUUGUCCACAGGGUUUAAAUGGCACGGGAGAAAAAUGUUAUGACAUCAAUGAGUGUGUAGAAGGCCAGCUGUGUGAACAGCAACAUAACUGUAUAAACACCAGGGGCAGUUAUACCUGUAGCUGUGACAGUGGGUACACUCUGGACAACAAUGGGCUCAACUGCACUGACAUUGAUGAAUGUAACUCAGGCAUUGCUGGAUGUGCAGACACAGCAACUUGUACCAACACAGAAGGUGGCUUCUCCUGCACGUGUUCUACAGGCUACACUGGAAAUGGAACUCACUGUCAAGAUCUGGAUGAGUGUGCGACUAGUGGGGGAAACAACUGCAACAGCAAUGCAGUCUGUAACAACACUGUUGGCUCUUAUACCUGCACCUGCAAGACUGGCUAUGUGGGCGGUGGACGCACAUGUCUUGAUGCAGACGAGUGCCUGGACCCAGGCAUCUGCCACCCUCAGGCCGGCUGCACCAACUCACUAGGGUCCUACAGCUGUACCUGUGGUGCAGGGUACAGGGGGACCGGCACCUCCUGCACCAACAUCGAUGAGUGUGCAGAAUUCCUGGACAACUGUAGUCCAGGGCUGGGCGUCUGUACCGACACUCUGGGGUCCUACUCGUGUUCAUGCAGGGAUGGCUUUGUGGGGGAUGGCAUUAGCUGUGAUGAUUUGGAUGAAUGCUCAAGUGACACAUUGAACAACUGUACUGAGAAUGCUGAGUGCACCAACACCGAGGGGUCGUACAACUGUUUCUGUAUGGAUGGUUACCAAGGCAAUGGUUUUGUCAACUGUACUGAUGUUGAUGAGUGUGCCACCAACUUCAGCAGCUGUGCAGCUGAUGCCACCUGCACCAACACUGCUGGAUCACACCUCUGCACCUGUGAUGAUGGAUUUACAGGAAAUGGAUUUGCAUGUCAAGAUUUGGAUGAGUGCACCAGUGGAGACAAUGACUGUGCCGAUGAAACAAAGGCCUAUUGCACCAACCUCCCAGGAAGCUACAACUGUACCUGUUUUAAUGGGUACACAGGAGAUGGGAGGAGCUGUACAGAUGUGAACGAGUGUGAGACUAACAAUGCUGGAUGUACCCAGAACUGUACCAAUGUUGAGGGGAGUUACACGUGUGUGUGUCUGACAGGGUACAGGUUAGGAGCAGAUGGAUUCAGCUGUCAUGACAUUGAUGAGUGUGCUGAACAGCUGGAUGAUUGUGAACAAACCUGCACCAACACUGAAGGAGGCUUCAGCUGUUCAUGUGUAACUGGCUUCACACAGGUCGGAGACUCCUGCCAAGCAACUCAAAAUUGUACCAAUGACCCCUGCGUGAAUGCUAAGUGCUAUGUGGAAGGAAGUGAGCAGCAGUGCUUGUGUUUUUCUGGCUAUGAGACAAUCAACUCCACCACCUGUGUUGACAUAUCUGAGUGCUCCAACGAGACCCUGAAUGCCUGUGAUCAGGUCUGUAACAACACAGAGGGAGGUUACACAUGCAGCUGUAACUCUGGUUACAACAUUGACAGUGAUGGCCGCAUGUGUAACGAUAUUGAUGAGUGUGCAGAAGAAGACCUGAAUGACUGUGAUCCAAAUGCCAUCUGUGAGAAUACCCUGGGAAGCUACACCUGUCAGUGCCUGCAAAGUUUCACAGGCAAUGGGACAUUUUGUGCAGAUUAUGAUGAGUGCUCCUUUGGCAGUCCAGUGCAGAACUGCAGUAUCAAUGCCCACUGUGUCAACUUUGAGGGAGGUUUUAACUGUUCCUGUAUGGACGGUUAUGUUGGAGAUGGCUUCUUUUGUGUUGAUGUGAAUGAGUGUAUUAUGGGCACAUCCAGCUGUGAUGAGCAGGCCUCCUGUACCAACACUGAGGGGAGUUUUAACUGCUCCUGUCAGGAGGGAUACUCUGGCAAUGGAACUUACUGUCAAGAUAUUGAUGAGUGUGCUGUUGAAAGUGAUCAGUGUGAUGGUAAUGCUACCUGCACCAACCAAGCUGGUUCCUACCUGUGUACAUGUAACACUGGGUACACUGGCACAGGGGCAGCAUGUGCAGAUGUUGAUGAGUGUGCCAGUGGUAAUGACGACUGCCAUAAUCAGGCUACAUGCACAAAUACAGAGGGUAGCUUCUUCUGUACCUGUAAUGUUGGGUACUCUGGAAAUGGCACUUUCUGUGGAGAUAUUGAUGAAUGUCAGGAAGGAAUUGACACCUGUAGCAACAACUCCAUCUGUAUGAACAUAGUUGGUUCUUUCACCUGCCCGUGUGAGGCAGGCUAUAUCGGCAGUGGCUUCAUGGCUUGUGUUGAAGUUGAUGAGUGUACAGAAGAAACCAGUGGCUGUGACAUCAAUGCUGAGUGUACCAACACUCCUGGGUCCUUCAACUGUAGCUGUAACACUGGGUAUACUGGAAAUGGAACUUUAUGCACAGAUGUUGAUGAGUGUGCGGCUGACCCAGAUGUCUGCAGUGCUAAUGCCACCUGCACAAACACCAUUGGUUCCUACAGCUGCACAUGUCAGGAUGGUUUCACUGGAAAUGGACAGACCUGUAUUGAUGAGGAUGAGUGUCAGACCUCACCAUGUGACCCUAAUGCAGCCUGUACAAACCUAGCUGGAUCCUUUACAUGCACCUGUAAUGCUGGCUUCAAUGGGACUGGUGAAGACUGUCAAGAUAUAAAUGAAUGUGCAGACAGUCCAUGUGACAUCACCCAGAACCAGGAAUGUAUCAACUCACCAGGCGAUUACUCCUGUACAUGUGCCUACGGAUACUACAGCAGCAACAGCGACUGCUUCAUGGCAGUUGAAUUGACAGGUUCCAUCCCACUUUCCUCCAUUGGAGGGCAGGCUGCUGUGUACUCACCUGCACUCACAGAUCCUCUCUCCUCACCCUUCAGGGACUAUGUGACAGCUAUACAAGCACCGAUGAACACAUUGUUCCAAACUAGUGCUGUAUCUGCACACUACAAGUCUGUGGAUAUUGCUCAGUUCAGAGAGAUCCCCAGUGGUGCAGGGGUUGUUGCUGAUGUUGUCAUCUACCUGGCACAAAAUACAACUGUAGAUGAGACGGACCUGACCAGAGCUUUCCUGGCAGGCCUGACAUCCCGUGCUGUAGGUACAGAGAAGAACAGGCUGGGGAAUAACCAAGUUGUCACUGCAGAUGUAGUGUUUGCAGAAGUUGCCAACUGCACAAGAGACAAUCUUCUGUACACAUGUAGCUGUGCUGCUGGAUAUGCUGUGGUUGGGCUGCACUGUGAAGUUGUCCUCCCAACUAUUCUGGUAUGAACUGUGAGACUGAGAUUACAACAGUAUCAGAGGACUAUCGCCUGCUGACCAUUGUCCUGGGCAGCGUGGCAGGUGGUCUCCUGUUGAUUGUCAUGGCCAUCACUAUUGCUUACUGCAUCAAAAAGAGACAAGCUCAAGGAAAAACAUACUACAGGGAGCCUAUAGGUUUCCGGGAGCCCCGCGGGCUGCGCUACCUGCCCAACACUUAUCUGGAGAGGGCUCCUGACAUGGACUGGGACCCACUCUGGCAUGAUGGCCCAUCUAAGGAGAGGAUGCUGACUCAGCAGAGGAGGCAGGCUGAGGAGCAGAGGAUGAUGCACCUGGUGGAGGUGCUGAAGAGAACACCUAAUCUGACAAUCCAGAGAGCUCAUAUUCCGGACACCCAUGGACAUCCAGGCCCAGCCAACCCUGUGUACCAGGUGACCAGACCUGACAGUUCCCAAUACCCACAGGUGAAUCUAAGGACCAGGAUGAUUGGACUCCCAGCAGAGAAGACUGCUAUUGUAGGCUAUGAAUCACCAACCGCCAGCUUUAACACAUCAGGGAGUUCCAGUUCUUGGGGCCGGCCCUCCAUCUCCAACCUGCAGUCUCUCACUGCCAGCAUCAGGCGGGGCCGACCCAGACACAGGCCCAGAGACAGCCGACAGCCUGGCACCACAGGGGAGAGGGGCAGGUCACAGGAGGUGACAUACAACUUCCAGUCUGUCCUGUGAUGACAUCACAACAGGUGGGACUCGUCUGCAGUCAACAUGAUGAUGAUGAUGAAUAAUUAUGUCUUUUGUUAAUUACAUAUUAUUAGUAUAUAUUUGAAGCAUACAACAUGUAGCUGACAGAACAAUAAGAAAUGGCAGAAGUACGGUAGAUUAUAAGUCUACAGCAUCUACGUCGGCUUCCCAUUUAUUUCAAUAUGAAAUAAAAUGUACUUUUUAUGGUUGUGUUCCAUAUUAAACUUCUGGAAAAAUAUUUAUAAAUUAAAAAAGUAUCAUUCAUUCUAUGUUGGGCUUAUAGGCUGGAUAAUGGUAGGUGUUUUGCUGAUACAUUGGGCAUGGAUAUUGUAAUUCAUCAGCAUUGCUAAUUGACAUGGGAUUUUCUAGCAUGUAAUUUGAGUCUCAAGUUUUGAACUAUCAUGAUAUCGUCUUCCUAUUAGUUAUAAGCUACAUGUAUCCUCUACACGUCAUGAACCAUGCUUGUACUAUGAGGCUCAUCUAUGUACUAAAUUGUUAUUCUAACUGAUAAACAAUAACUUUAUGUGCUUGUGCACUGUGAUAAUAUAUCUAAUACUCAUCUAUUAUCAAGGAGCUGGUCUCAUAAUGUUAUUCUGUGUGACAUAACUUUGAUUAAAUCUAUGGGAGAACAGAGGAGUAACCCACAUUGUUCAUUAGGUUAGUGAAUACAAUAUAAAUCAUCCAAGAAGAAUGAUUGAUAAUCAAAAUAUUGAAUGUUAUAUGGAAAUUUACCUUUUAUACAUUAUUCAAGAAGAUAUGAUAAAGGCAGAGAUUAAGCAAAAAUCUAUAUGGAAAACAAUAAACUACAUUAAACCCAA